UCAAUUUAUUUCUUGCCCUCGGAUUAGGAUAGAGAGUGGAUUGUUUCACACAAUCAAACAAAAUCACACCCAUAUAAAAAGGGCAUAAGUCCAAUGAGCGCGAAGAAGAGUGAUGGCUUCUAAUUCUGGUUCUAUCUCCCAAGGAGCUUCAAUGGCCACAGAAAUCUGCACCCAAAUAUCCUCCAUAUUUUCAAAGCCCACGCAUCCGUACCCGCCCCCACUGGACCUUUUGGUCACCGAGCUCGCCUCCGUUGCCUCUCAAAACGGCCGCGUUUUUCUUUACGGGGUGGGCCGCGAGGGCCUCAUGCUCAAGGCCCUCUGCAUGCGCCUCUUCCACCUAGGCCUCUCGGCUCACUUCAUCUUCGAUAUGACCACUCCCCCCAUCGCAGCUGCCGACCUCCUCAUCGCCUCCGCCGGCCCCGGCGGUUUCUCCACCGUCGACGCCCUCUGUGCCGUGGCGCGCUACCACGGCGGAAGGGUGCUGCUCCUUACGGCCCAGCCCGAGACCGGGUCUUGCGUGAAACACGCUGACGUUGUGGCUUACGUGGCAGCGCAGACCAUGGCCGAUGAUGCGGACGUUGCAGGGGAUGCGAAAUCUCGACCGUUGCUUCCAAUGGGAAGUGUGUACGAAGGGGCAUUGUUUAUUCUGUUUGAGAUGGUUAUUUACAAGUUGGGUGAGGCCUUGGGUGAGAACCCUGAAGCCGUUCGAUCUCGCCACACUAACCUUGAAUGAGCCGCUCGAUUGUGCCAUGGGUGGUGCCAAGCGAAAAACUGUACGGAGAUAUAACUGUUUCAACAUUUGUACAAUCCAUCUGAGUAUUAGCAUUUGUUGUGCUAAGAGUUUGGUUACCAUAUUUGUCAAGGAUAAAUUGUGUUCUUUUUAAUUAAUCAUCUCAUGAAUUCUUCAAUAAAUAAACUAUGAAGAAUAAAGUGUUACUUUCUUAACUAUUAAAUCAACCAUGCUUAAAAAGACA